AUGACGGCUCCCUGUACAUAUAUUAAAAACUUUUCUCCAAUUGAAAUCCGUCCCUUACCACAUUUGGAUUUUCAAGCUGGCUACAAUGGAAUUCCUGCAUCAGCUCCUAGAAUCGUAGGCCUCGUACAAGUGCGAAGCAAAGAAAUAAACCAGCCAUUGUCUAUAUUAAGAGUCACUUUGGAGCUCUGGAAAAUCGAAUCCGUUGAUGUUCCUUCUUUGGGUGUAAGCAAUCAUUUGUCUGAACCAAAGCGGCUAGUACAGCAAGUUUUGUUUCCUCCUCCAUCUCCUUUCUCUUCUAAAAAUGAAAAGACGAAUUCCCUUUACCUUUCCGAAAACAUCCAAGCUGGUGACGAUGCUUUGUCUCCUUCAUCUGACAUUUCCGGCAUAAGCCAUAUUUACGAUUCCUACAUACACGAUCAACCUUCCCGGCGUCGUUCUUCAAAUCAACCGCCUAUACCACCUCCACAUGUUCAAAACGUUUCUCGAAGCACUUCAAUGCCUUCUCGCGCUUUUAGCCAAACUUCAGACAAUUCUUCUAUGCCAGCCUCAUCGGUUAUAACUGACUUACAAAAGUCACCUGAAAAGUCAUCUUCAUCUUCAUCUUCAGCUUAUAACAUAUGGUCUAUGGAUUUGCCGUUCGAAAUGAAGUAUUCUGAGGGAGAAGUGCUUACCCCAACAUUCGAUCUUGUUCGUUCAGGUUUUUCUUGCUCUACAAAAUACCAAUUACGAGCCGUUCUCACUCUUUCUGGAUUAGAAGAUAUCUCUGAAUGUGUCCCGAUUGCCAUUCACCGUUACGACACGCUCUCCUCUUGGGGUAUGUAUAAUUCACCAAUCUACUUAAAAGAAACAAGUAUAGACGGUAGAGUUAUAGUGGAGGCUUCCAUUCCCAAACAGUGUAUCGGGCCUAUGGAUUUACUUACAGUGUUCAUAUCUAUCAGGGCUUCGAAUGGAUCCAAAAUCCGGGUACAGCAAUUGUCAUUGUCCUUGGUAGAAUGUGUUAGUAUCCGCCAUCCUUCUUCCAAUUCCUCUCCCAUUGUUCGUUCAAAAAAAGUUUUAAAAGUUGAACAAGAUCUCGACGACGUGCGAUUGGAAAAAGAUGGCCUUUCACAAACACUGUCAAAAGUGUUCCCAGAUCCUGACUUAGAUGAUUAUAGCAUGCAAGGGUUCAGCACUUCUUCCGAUCUGUAUAAGGUCACUUAUAUGGUUUUAAUAAAAGUGAGACUUUAUCGUGCUAGAAAUGUUGAAAUUUCUUAUCCUAUCACCGUUUCACCCGUCCCUCGUUCCGCCAGUUCUUCCAUCCUCGGCGACAUACAAACCAGAGUUUUGGAUGCCCGGCAAUCCGUUAACGGUUCUGUACUGGAUACCACUUGUGAUAUUAUCCGUGCGAAUGAUUCUUCCAAAAACAACAUGUAUAGUUAUUCAGAAGAUGGUAUGGUGCUUUUGAAUUGA